AUGUACAUGUACCGUGAUCUGAGGGGCCUAGAUCUGGUAGGGAACCGGCACGGGGUGACGACGACGGGUCAUACAGCAGCCAGUCUGGCCCUCACGUCCCUCAUUGGUGUGCUUCUGUUCCGUUCAGCAAGAAGAAGAGCAAAGCGGGCCACCGGGGUGCGAGUGCGGUCCGACAGAGAGGAGGUCGUGGAUCUGCUAGCAGAGGCCAAAGCGAACUCUCUGGAGUCCGUCAAUCCCAAAAUCCCCUCCCUCCCGGCCUCCAAACAAGACAGCGAGGCUUCUCAGAAGAAGAACCCUCUGAGCGUGCUCAGCGGCGCAGUCGUCGCGGGGGUGAUUGCUGCAGGCUUGUGGCUGUUCACCACAAAGGUUGAGGCGGUCUUUGAUGCGCAGAGGCUGUCUACAGAUUACCAGAUUCGGCAAAUAUCAAUCACUGUCAGGACCAUUGUGGUUGGUUUGGCUUACUUGAGUACGUUUGUUUUUGCCUUCAACUCAGUCGGGCUAGUGCUAUACGCUGGUCAGUUGGCACUCGGGCUUGACGAGGAAGGUGAUAAACAACCAAAGAAAAAGGAAGCACUGGUAGCUGAGAAAGAGUCAAAGGGGGAGGACUAGAGCCUUGAGAAGAAGUCUAAGUCUACCAACUCAAGAGAGCACCAAGGUUACUCCAGAAUUGACAUCGAGCCGAUAUACAUAUGCGAAAUCUGCAAAUCAGUGCGUUUACAGCCUUCAAUGACAGAGGAUUUGACGGGCCUGAUUGGUCGACAUCUGAGCAGCGAGCCAUAAUGCGUCACCAUAAUGCCACACUCAUUCG